AUGGCACAAAAAACCAAAGUGUUCACAAAUCUCCAAGAAUUCCCUGGGAAAGUAUGUUACGCAUGCUUGAAACUCGAUCGUUGGGCCACACGUGCUCCUGCGCAGUGUAUGAAUGGGACAGGGCAAGGGUGGGGAAGGGCCGAGGUGUGCGGGGCGCGGGGCGAAGGCUUUUUUCAGGCAGUACGAGCCAAGGCGCGGGCGGCGACGCGCGUCCUUUUUGGAAGUUUUAUAAAUUAUUUGAGAAUGUCGUCGGACCCAGCACCGCUGUCGAAGACAGCGAAAUACAAGAAGAUAACCAAACCACUCUUGGAAAGAAAACGCCGUGCGCGCAUCAACCGGUGUUUGGAUGAACUUAAGGACCUCAUGGUCGGCGCUUUGGAGAUCGAUGACGACAACCUGAGCAAGUUGGAGAAGGCAGACAUCCUUGAGUUAACCGUUAACCAUCUUACGAAGUUGCACAGUCCUAGAGACCCGGUUUUGGAAGCAAAGAAAUUUCAAGCCGGUUUCGGUCAAUGUGCCGCUGAAGCUUGCCGGUUUAUUAUGUCUGUACCGGAUUUAGAUGCUAAUGUCAGCCAAAACCUGGUAAGUCACCUAUCAAGACUCGUCACCGCACAACCUCUGACCAUUCAAGUACCAGAAAGACCUCCGUUCUCACCGCCAACUUCACCGUCAUCAGUUAUCUCCGACAGACAUCAUUAUUACAGUGACCAUGACAGAUCCUCGUCGGACGCUGAAGAUUCAGUAUACUCCGGUGAGGCCCCCAAACAAUGGGGGUACAAUCGACAGGCACCUGCUGUGAGACCUAAUCAUCAAUUACCACCUACAGGAUUACUUACAACGAUUGAUAAACUAAACCAUCAUCCUGUCGAUCACAUCGCACCGAGAAAUGGAGCGUAUUUCAAGAGAGUUCAGGCCGAAGCUAAAGAUGUUAUAUUACAAAAAAUUAGACAACACAUAAUGGACAAACGUGGUAACGACAUCGUUGACAUGAAUGCGAGCGCAGAACCAGCGCCCCAACCAAAAUAUUUACAAAGAGAAGAACCAUACAGAGCCGAGUUUGCGUAUCAAUAUUCGCCGCCAACCGCAAACACUGACACACUCGAUCUCAGAAAGGUUAGAUCACCAGUGAAGUCUAGCGAAACUGUUUACUCACCAAAAAAGUCAGUCGCCCUCUCCGGCACUAAUCAAUUAGAUCCGACUCCAAAAAGCAAAGUGGAAGUGAUUCCUAAUGUUCCGGAACGAUGCGAAUUGCUCAUGGAUUACAGCAACCUACCGCCUAAAAAGAAAAGGAAAUUAAUCGAGUACCAGGAGUACAAAAAGCAGGAGGCGGCCCGCCGUGAACUCGAAGCGUUGUGCGACAAAAAAGUCGAAGGCCCGCCGGCGGAUGAAGAAAAUAAGUGGCGCCCGUGGUGA